AUGGCCUCAGCCCUCGCAAUCGGUGUUGGCGUCGCAACCGCGGCAUUUCUUGGACGCGCAGGCCUCGUAGCAUACCGUCGCUCCCGCGGCGAAGCCGUCGGUGCGCUAGGCAAAGCGUUCUACAAAGGCGGAUUCGAGCCGAAGAUGAAUAAACGGGAGGCUCAGUUGAUAUUACAACUGAGCGAGCGCCAAAUGACCAAAGAACGCAUCCGCAAAAACCAUCGCACACUGAUGAUGUUGAACCAUCCCGAUCGAGGCGGGAGUCCCUAUCUCGCAACGAAAGUCAACGAGGCGAAGGAAUUUUUGGAGAAGAAUCGCUGA